GAAACGUGUUCUGUUAUCUGGGUUUUCGUGGGAAAUUCUACAGUUUGCAUUUCCUUCUUCAUGUCAAUUAUAUAAGGCAGAUACAUCGUUUUCUAUGAGAAUAACGAUUUGGUGUUGUAAGCACGAUGCGGUCUAUCAAAUUGAUGUUCUUUUUACUUGUUGAGGGGGUUUUUGCGCAACGAAAUGUUCCUGGAAAAAUAACGGGAAUUCCUUCUCAUCCACACGAAGUUGUUCUGCUAGAAUUCACUCCAAAACUCGAAGCCAUGAAUAUUAUAUUGGCGAAAGAGAUCGAAAGCUUCGACAGACUGAUUAAACUCGCCCAGAACCUCGUGCAGAAUAACGCUGCGAUUUCAAGAACCAUCGCCUCUCAAAAAGUGAAGGAGUUAAAACAAGGGAUCGCUAUAGGAAAAGAAGAAGCGAAAUAUGCCAGUGGAGAUGUUAAAAUGUGCAUCAGUAGACAAGAGUACGACAUUCCUAGGUCUGUGAUGAAUCCAUCUUCCAACUGUUACAUGAACAACACAGAUAUGGCUGCAGUCAAGAACAAACUAUUGAAGUUACAGACCAUAACGAAACAACUGUUCCCAAACUGUCAAAAACUACACAUGGACGACAAUGAAAAAGAAAUUACCCUGUUCAGGAAAUGUUUGACGGAAAGAACUGACGAUACUUUUCGUCAUAUAACAAGAAUAAGGGAUGAAUUCGAUGCUGCUUUCAGCAAUGUUAUGAAGAAUUCUCUGGAAUGUGUUAUAGAAGGUAGUUUUGAAACUUUCAAGAGCAUUGGCGAAGUGAUGAGUUCCGUUAAGAAUUGUAAAAAUAUGUAUAAUUAUAAAAUAAAGAAGCUACCAUGAAAAA